AUACAAUUAUUAAUAAACGCCGAGGCUAAUAUCAAUGCUCAAGGCGGCUACUAUGGCAUCGCGCUACAGGUUACUUUAUCUAAAGGGAACAUUAAAGUGGUUAAGCUGCUUCUCGAGCAGGGAGCCAACCUGGAUAUGGCGAAUAAUGAUGGAUGGACGCCGCUAAAUAAUGCUUCAUACAAUGGACACAUCGAAGUGGUUAAGCUACUUCUCGCGAAAGGUUCCGACGUUAUGGCACUUAAUUCCACUGGUCGAUCGGCUUUCCUCCACGCAAUUAGUUCUGGAAAUUUCGAACUUUUCACCAUGUUUUUGGAUUGUACCCCUUCACUCGUUACCUCUAAAGAUCAUUUUGGAUCCACGGCCCUUUCCAUAGCUUCAAGAUAUGGGCAUAAGGAUAUGGUCAGGGUGCUUCUGCCUUUAUCGAACACUGAUUUGACAUUGGCAGACGAUUUCGGUCGUACCCCGUUCUGGUGGGCGCAAAGACAGAACCAUAUACAUAUUGUGGAGCAAAUAAUCGAAUUUGCAGAUAAGACAGGUUUACCUAUCCUCGAACAACUCCAGGCUGCAGCGGGUCCUGCACAAUUUUCGUUGGACCGUCGUUUGUGCGACAUAUGUUGGACGAUCGUGAGAGAAAAAUCUACUUUAGUUUUAGGGUCUGCCUUGGUGGUGAUUUUGAUAUUUGCAUGCAUUGUGAAGGUUUAG